AUGUCAACUCAGCCGCCACCACGACUUUACAAUGUUCUCGAUUUCUUCCGCGACGAUGAGGAUAGUUGUGCUCUCACCAUCCUAGCACAAGAUGUUCGCUUUCAUAUUAUUGCAGAGGCAGCGAAGCUUAAACCCCCAGGAGGCUCAAGACCGGCAGAGUCGAGAUUUUCGGACGAAUACCUGGGAUUAUUAGCCAAGAUCAAGAAGCUGGAUCGGAUGGAAGAUUGCGACAGUCCGGACGAGUCCAUCGACAGCGGCAUAGACGUCGAAACCAUGCCUAUAGAACCGUCCAAGACAUCCUCGCUUGAGAGCGGCGACCCGGCAGACGAUCUGUACGAGUGGUUGACUACACCACUGCGGUCAAUACUUGAAGAGACUAUAAAUUCAAAGCAUCACACCAUCCAGACUCUAGAUGCCUGGUACAAAGCCUCCACACGUUACUUUAGUCUGGAGGUUGAGGGAGUCCGUCUGAACGCAGUAGAACUGGAGCCUGAACCAACUCUUGAAGAGCGUCUGGCGAAGCUUUAUCCAAACCUUGCACCGAUACCCAAGUAUAUUCGCAAUAUCGACGUGCCUUGGUACUCGGCUCGAGACUUGCGAGUCCUCAGCUGCAGCAGCUCACCACCACCAUAUCACCCAACCAUCGUGGAACUGGCGCUACCCUCUCCUCAAGGAGGUCCAGGAGAGAAGCAGAAGCUGUUUUUCAAGAGCGUCGACAAUACCAAUCCGCAGCCAACAAAGCGAGAGCUUCAUCUCCUCAACCAACUCGAAAUAAAAGGUUUAUAUGACAGGAUUCGAUGUCCUCACCUCGUCGGCAUAGUUACCCGGCACGAUUCGUCUCCCAAGAGCGACGACGGCCGUAAAUCCGUCAUGGGCUUCCUCCAGACCCUCAUACAAAACCCGAUCCCCUUGACGGAAAAAUUCGACAGUGCUAUUCCGCAAUCUCAGCGCGAGCAAUGGGCGAAAGAGGCUGAAGAGAUCAAGACCAUACUCCAUGAGCAUGAUAUUGUAUGGGGCGACGCCAAGGGCGACAAUUUCGUGGUUGACUCAUCGGGGGACUUGUGGAUUAUUGACUUUGGUGGGAGUUACACAGAGGGAUGGGUCGAUCCUGAAAUUGCCGAGACGAAGAAGGGGGAUGAUAUGGGUAUCGAGAAAGUUGUGAACGCGCUACAUGAUCCGAAGAGAAAUGUUGCGAGAGAUGGCGACGAUGACGACGAGGUGGAGAAGGAGGAUGAGGAGAGUAUUGAACGGCCCCAACACCGCGAUGCUGAAAUUACUGGAACAAAGAGGAAGGACAUUGGGGAUGAAGGCUAUAGAGUUCCGAAAAGGCAAAGGAGGACAAGAAACACGUCUCAGUCUGUUGCUAAUGUGAUGAGGCUCGGAUAUUGUUAUUGCGGGGGUCCUAGCUCUGGCAUUAUGAUUGGGUGUGACGGCGGUGACUGUACGAAAGAAUGGUUCCAUAUCGAGUGUACCGGCCUGGAGAAGAUACCGGAUGAACAUGAGGCAUGGUACUGCCGUGAAUGCAAGUUUGCAUAG